UGAAGGGCGAUGUCGCGACUCUCUCUCUCUCAGGGGCUCUGAGGUGAAGCGAGCCAACCGGCGUUAAACCGGAAGUCACCUCGCAGGUGGUCGCAGGUGUAGGUGGACGAGCUCUGUCAGGCCACGCCCUCCGCUCCUUGACUCCGGUUUCAAAAGACAAAAACAAAAUGGCGCCGGACGAAAAAACGCCAAACGCGAGGCCCCACAAACGACCGGCCAUUCAUGUACCACUGAGUGACGUGGAGCCGUUGCUCACUGAUUAGUGUUUUAUUGAACAGGAGAUGGAUCAUUUUCGGUGCGUGUCGACAUGAAACGUCCCUCAGAGCUGCUGUCACACCACUCGGAGGGGCUCAGCAGCAGAUAAUGGAGAGGAUCUGGACCUGGAGAAGACGUUCAACUGGACUAACCUUCUGUGGAGGCCAACACACGGACUGAAGGUCCAUAUGGAAAACUGGUACAGCAGAGCGACUCCACCAAGAAACAUUUCUACUAGGACGUCCUCGUCAAGCCGACCUUCAAACUUGGAUGUUCGUGACAACACCGCUGAUGCUCGUGUGUCGUCCUCCAUCCUCUGACUGUGAACAACCUGCUGCAUCAGUUCCAGGUGAGGAGAGUCGGAGGGCUCCACUGCCCCCUGCUGGACGUCAUCAGUAAUGUGCCGCUGAGGCCUGAGUCACCGCAUGACUGAUGCAGCCGCUGGAUCCGUGUCCAACGCACUCAGGAUGUGGACAUGAAAGUAUUUGAGCGAGGGGCGAGCGCGGCGCUGACUCACUGACCGACGGAACGGAGGUUCUGAAAGCGACGCACCAUGAGCGACAAGGGGACCGUGUCACCUAAAGAGGAGGCGGCGGAGAAGAGGGGGCGUGGGAGACCCCGCAAGCAGCCGCAGGUGAAGACCUCUGACGAGCCGAGCGGGUCCCCGACUCCGAAGAGGGCCAGAGGUCGACCGAAGGGAAGCAAGAACAAGGCGUCUGGAAAGGGCAAAAAGGCGGCGGCCGCCCCGUCCGCAGGGGCGAAGCGCAGGGGACGACCCAAGAAGGAGGAGAAGGAGGAGAAGGCGUCCCAGGAAUCAUCCGAGGAGGAGGAGGAGGAGGAAGAGGACCAGUAAUUCACCAACGCAUGCUACCUCACUCAACAUACUGACUUACUGUUAAAACCAGAACUGGGCUGUAUCUCCGACACCAGUGCCACCAACAUGACCACUGUUCACGACAGAGCCUCCCCCCCCCCCGCCCGCCCGACGGAGGGGAGCGAACACCGUACAUUUAAUCAUGCAGCAGCACUGGAUAGAACGACGGACCUUUGCUCCAGCAUAGAUCUAAGAAUUACACGAAAGGUAAACAGCCCUUUUCUCUACGUGUCGUCGUAUUAUCACGAGUCUUUUAUACUGGACAGCGGUUUGCUCUCUCCCGAGGAGCCUGGACGUUUCUGUUGGUAGGACACUUCUCUCUGCUCGGUGUUACUUAACUUUGUUGUUUCCCGCAAUCUUGAGACGUUUUUUAGGGCAGAUAGAAAAAGUUUCUCCGUGUUUUGUACUGGACAAAGGUGAAUUUUACCUAUACUUUUUUUUUGUGGGGGGGGGGCGUGUGUUCACGUGAAGAGGUUCACCAUUGCAUCAUGUUUUUGUGGAUGAGGGAGGAGUUGAUCCGCGGCGGUUGAGGAUGAGAGUAGGUCACUUCUUCCCGUCCCCGCGUCUAAAUCUGCGCAACGGGAUCUUUUUUUCACCUCGUCUUCACAGAGAGACGCAGAAUCUCUCGUCUUCGCCGCCUCACUUCCUGUCGGGGACAGUUUAGAUCCAGUGACGCUUCCCCCCGGCCCGGUUCCUCGGCGCGUACAAGCGGGGGAGAGACGUUACAAGUGUAUCAUUUGGGAAUCGGACUAGUCUGAUCAGACUUACUGUUUUGUUUUGUUUUAUCCCUUCGGGUUACUUUACCAUUUAAAGACAAAAAAAAGAAAAAAAAGAAACAUGAGUGUGCUGCUUUUCAAUGUCAUAAUAAAACUCAAAUCUGUUUUUGUUGGUAUAUUGUGUGUUUGUGAGGAUCGUCGGGGGUUUGGCAGAGUUCUUUUUCGGCCCAGAGCAUCCGUGUCGUUUUCUUCAGGGAGCUUUUUACAAAAUGCUGUUACGUUGGCGUCGUCUUUUCUUCUUCUUCUUUUCUUCGCGUCUUCACGUGGUCGUCGGUUUCCAGGCGCCCGCUCGCCUGUCGCUCGAUCGCCCGGCCCACAUGAACUGCGACGGGAGUUCCGGGAGUCGUCGGUGGCGCCGCUCGUCCGACCGGGGCCGUUACGUUUUCAUUCCACCUGGCUCUCACCGCUUCGUUCAAAAGCUCGGUCCUUGUGUCGUUACCUAGAACAGUAGAAUAUACUUUUUCUUAGUCUUUUUUUUUUGUGUGUGUGUUGUUUGACGUCAGCUACAGUUAAAAAAACAAACAUGUUUGUGUAUUUCUACGUGUCAGGGAACCUGCGGUCACAGUCCUCUUAAAAAAAAAAAAAGAAACCUGGGUUUUUCCACACACCUACGCUGCUACAACCUCAGUUACGAAACCCGGAAAACUGCAAACAGGCGACACGAGGCCUGGAAUGUCAUACCUCACUCUACAGCUUACUUUACCAUAUGAUAGCAUUUAACUGUUUGUUUUUUCUAAUGUAACCUCUGACAUGAGAUGGAAAGAUGUCGUUAUUACAAAGUUUUGUUUGGUUGCCUGACUGUAAUAACUUGCAUGUCGCGUCUCGGUCGGUGCAGACAGGUUGUUUUUCCUCUUCUUUUUUUUUAAAAAUGUGUGAAGCAAGUCAGGGAGACCUGUCAGCUUGACGACUGUGUUCGCUGACUGUGGUAGAUUUAGCAGGUUGUGUUUUUAUCCUUUAAAAGAAAAAGAAAAAAUUCUUUCCGGUGCACUGAAAUGUUGGUUCUGAUUAUUUUUUCAUGGGACAAAAUGUUUGUUGUUUAGCGAUCGACUGGGCGCGACUCUUUUCUCCCCUCUGGAACGUUUCUGUCGGGACACGACCGACCGUCAACUUUCAUAUGGACUCACUCAAACAUCCGUCACUCUGCAUACAAACAAUCUCUGCAUCCGUUCAUUUAUAUACUGUAAAACUCGACAGGAUGGGAUCAUUCUUUUUAAUGUACACCGUAUAUAAAUGUACAAUUGUCUAUAUUUCUAUGGUGCCCUGCAACAAUUUGUAUCAGAAAUGGUCAAUAAAGAGAAUUUUCUUUGUCA